GUGAUGUCAUCGCCAAGGUCUUGGAGGGACAAAGGAACAAACAGCGCUAACAAACAGCGCUAACAAACAGGGAACACUUCAUUUGUAUUACAACGCACCUACUCCAUACUAUUUUACAUACCUUUUCAUCUAACUACGCAGGAUGGAUUUUAAUAGAUCGGACGAGAUAAUAACCUCAAACUUACAUAUCCCAAUUAUUAUGACAAUAAGUGCUAAACAUUACCUACUAUCUAAUACCUAACACAAAUGACAGAUGGCAGUAUUAUCGUGUCAUUUAGUAUCGAUAUGGCUAUUGUCGCUAUUCUCGAUCAGGGCAGCCCUGGCUAUACCGCCUACACAUCCUAUGAUUACACCAGCUCCCGACCUAAGUAAUCGAGUACAAGUAAACCGCCGCUUCGAACCCGGAAGCUACAUUGGCAGUAUACUAGACAGCCUUGGGAGCGACGUCUCAAGCUACGUAGCAUCAGGCGUACCGCAGUUCUUCCAAGACUUCCCUAGUGGUGAAGCUGUUGCGAGCUCUCUUGGAAUCCAUAGCUCGGACCUAGAUGUUAAGCCAACUCAGGUUCUAAAUAUCCCAGCAUACGCGAAUUGGACCGAAGAAGGAUGGAAUGUUCGAGUGCAUGGAAACGUAUACAAGCAACCCGAUAUCUCAGAAAAGAAACUCGAUGAUCUCGCCAAUGUAUUCCUCAUCGAUGUAGAUAUAGACGAGCUAUCCGAACCAGAACAAAAGCAAGCUCGAAACUUAACAGCUUCCAUCUUUGUCGUUCAGCAAGGAGAUUUGAAUGUAACUAUCGACUUCGAGAACGAUGUUGCAAACGAUGUUGAAAACGAUGACGUUCGUCCGGAUGCAGGCGGCGGCCUGGUCAAGGCUGAGGGCGGUGCACAAAACAUCUUCCUUCCGUAUAAAACAACAAAUGAAGGUGACUUUGAUGCUUUUGUCAUACUUAAGAACACAACUGGCCCUAAUAAUGGACAUCUGAUGGCCGGCAAUGCAACUUCAUCCAUACAGGCUCUCAAUAUGUACGCCCGGGGAUCCGACAUAGGAAACGCGACGGCCUACCUGGUGCCGCCAACAGGCUUCACGAUAAUCUCUGAUAUUGAUGACAUUCUCCGUGUCACCAAGAUAUAUGACCCCAAGGAAGGUCUUUUAAACUCAUUCGCACGAGAAUUCACUCCCUGGAGGAAUAUGCCGGAUAUCUACGCCAACUGGUAUGCCACGAUCCCGAAUUUCCACUUUCAUUACCUCACUACAACACCAGAGCAGGUGACGAGGAACUACAUGGAAUUCAUCUACAAGACGUACCCCCUCGGCUCAUUCGAUACGCGGCCGCUGAACUUUUCGGAUGUUUCGGCGACGCUAUCGAUACGAAAGGCGCUCUUGGACAAAAUCUUCCAAACCUUUCCGCAACGGAAAUUUGUCCUUAUGGCCGACACGUCCAACUCAGACGUCAUGAAGGAUUACCCGCAGCUAGUGCACGACUACCCGGGACAGGUACAGUGUAUAUUCUUACGCAACACAACAGCAACGGACAGCUCAGACUUGUUCCCCUACGACACCUCGGGCUUCGAGGGGAUCGACCAGAGGCAGUAUAUGUUCUUCGUUACGCCCGACGAUUUGAAAAACGUGGAUAUUGUCGGGGGAAACUGUCACAACCAGGCUGUCAUCCAGAAUGUGACAUUCGGAUAUCAGUGGCGCGAGCUCGGGAAUGCUGCGUCGUCUUCUAGAUGUUGGAACUGGACUUGGGGUUGGCUGUCGGUGAUAGCGGCAUUUUUCUUGUUUAUUUGAUUGGGGCUUUUACUGGGUGCGUUACGCGGAUAUUGGAACAUCGCUGGAAGAUUGAUGGACUUCGAUGGUUUAUGCCGUAUAUCCUGAGCUGAAAGAUUGAUUAUAAUUAGCUUGCCUUCCUUCAUUUUCUAAUUAUUAGCCUUAGGGAGAAUACGGCUGUUAAAGGUCUUGAACAGAGACUAUACCCACCGUGUCACUGUCAAUGCCGGACGCGUCUGAAAUAUUACCUCUUGGCAACUUUCUCCAAUCACAAAGCUGACAGAUGAAGGAGAUAAAUCGUCGAAUAGUUUAACCCUACAAGUUAUUGUAUCUGUUACCUUUCCUUCUUCUAACGUUGGGGUCGACUUUAUUGACCACGAUCACAUCAAAACUAUCGU